CUGUGGGCUUCUGAGCUGGCGCUUCCUCUGCUGUCCCGUUGUUCGUUCCUGGCGGACACCUUGCCUCAUUCUCCCGUUCUCCCGCCUGCGACCGUUCUCGCUAGUUGAUGACUACGCUGGCGAAGCAGUGGUGGGCAGGGGCCGUGAAACACCGGUGCCGUUGAUUAACCUCAUUUCCACAACUUUGCAGCCCAGAAAGAAUUGCUCUCGGUCAAUCUUUGGUCUCUUCUGAUCAAGAGUCAAAGGAAUGGCAGCUGAAAUUCGAAUGGCACUUUAUGAAGACGAUUCCGUGCAAGUCCAGUAUGUUGAUGGCUCCACAUUGCAGCUUUCUCCCUGUGGCUCUGAAUUUCUAUUCGAAAAGGCACCACCUCCCUCAGCUCAUCCAUUAGAACAACCGGAACGAAUUCGUCAAAGAACACAGUUUGUUAUCAGCACCUACCGAGAGCAACUACAACGAGCCUUAGAUUUUAGAAAUUCUUUUGCAGCUUACCCUUUUUUAUCUGAAAGCAUCAUACCUUCUGAAAGAAAAAAGCGACUCUUCAUUGAUGUCCCAGAAGUGAGGUGGCCCAGUCUGGGUAGCAAGGAGGCCGUGAUGUAUCUGGAGGGGGGCUCGGUGACAGUGUCCUCGCUGGAUGGCCAUGCGUACCUUUGCCUGCCCGAAGCCCAGCAGGAGUUUACAGUCUAUUUUUUAUGUAACAUUAGCCAGAAGCCAGAUUCAUCUGUGGUAUGGUCAGAACACAGUCAAGCCAAAAGGGGCCAACUAGUUGAAAAAACCAACCAAAACUGUACUUUUACAAGCUUAUCGGGACAGAACCUAAUGAAUAAAGAAAGGUGCCAUAUCAUGAAAUCGAAAGGACCUUUAGAGAAGAGCUGUGGAAGCGAAACUGAAGGGAGGGAGGAGCUGCCCUUGCCUGGCACGGAGCACACGUGUACACACACGUGGGUACAGCAGCGUUGGUCCAUGGCCUCCUAUCCAAAGGAAUGGAAAUACCCUUUGUCUUUAGCACUUAAGUUCCGUAAUCAAACCAGUGAAAUGCCUAAAAGUGAUGCAGAUGCCGCCCAGGAUAGAGUUUUAACCGCUGGUGUUUCCGAGGAAAAAGGAGAAGCUGUUUCUGUUCUUCCCAGAGCCCUGCCACUCAGCUGUCCUGUCCCCCACCUGCACAGGUGGAAUUUCUGUGAUUCAUAUUUACAGAGGGGGUUUGAUGAAGAAUAUUCCUACCCUGAACUAGUGAAAGUGGUUUGGCACAAAGGCAUUACCUACAGACUUACCCAUAAAAAGAUGAACUCAAUAGAGAUUUACCCGGGAGAUGGAUCUAUUUUCAAAUCAGAAGGAGCUUAUUCUGGGAGAUAUUUUACAUAUUAUCCCAUUCAAAAAGGAUCAGAAGAGAGAGUAGAGAAGACUUAUUCAGUCAGUAACCUUCCUCCAGAGAGACCAGGAGGCCCAUUCUCUGUGAGUUCUAUACUUAAACAGGCAACAAGAAUUCUUCAACAUUGUGCAAACAUAAGACUUUCUUUAAGCCAUAACUAUCAUAUAUGCUGCUGGAAAAUGGUACCUGGGAUAAAUGACAGCAAUAUACUACCUUGUCUUUUGAAAGACUCAUUCAUACCCAGCACAGGAAGAUUUCUGGCAUAUUCCGAUGAUAAAGUGCAUGCCAUGUUUUUUGAUGGCAUUACUCUAACCUUAAAUUGGAAUUUCAGCUUUUUCUCUGAUGAGAGACAGGUAAAUCAAAGUGUCAACUUAGCUUGGUGUAAGUUAACUUUUCCCGAUGGACAAGAUAAGCUAAUUCAAAUUGAGCAUCCUGGACCAUAUGAAAGAUAUGUGACAACGGUGAUAUCAUGGUGCAGAACAAUGACUCACGUUAAUCAGAGAGAGAUGCCCAUACGACCCUCAAGUUCUGUUCUAGAAGAAAAUUGGUCUAUUGCUUCUGAACUUGAAAAAAUACAGAAGUUUAACUCAUUACUGGAGAACAGUGGUCUCCUAAAUCCGAUUUCUAAGAAGAAAACCCAGCAGUCUUCCGAUUAUUUCAGACCAAACUCUUCUGAAAAUUUAUUGGUAGAAGAAAUUAAUGAACACAAAGUAUUAGUAGCAUUGAAAAAGACCUCUGAAAUUCUUCAGGAUAUUGACUGUCUUUUGUCAAAGUCUAAAAAAUGAAAACAUUUAAAUAUUUUAACAUGUUAUUAAACCUUAAAGAUGUUAGGGGGCAGGGGGAAGAUGUUGUUUCAAAUGAUUGAUAAAAGACAUUCUAUUAAGCCAAGAAAUGGUGUAUGGUAUUUCUGUAUGAUGGUUGUGUAUGAACUGGCAUUUAACUUUGGGUAUCUGUUACCCCAUUUGUAAAUUUAAAAAUAUGUCUUUAUAAUUAAUUAAUAAAGAACU